UCGUUGACUGAGUUGUUUCGGCAUUUUUAAAUUGAUAAAAAAUUUCUAGCUAGAAAAUGAUCACUUCACGUACGUCUUGAAAAUGGAUUUAGAUUCAAAUCAAUUGGAUCUAUAUUGGAAGAAUAUUGUUGCAGCUUUCCCAAUUUUAUCUAAUGACAAGGAUGCUGUACCGUGUGAUGACUUAGAAUUUCAACCAAUUUUGGAAAUCAUCAAAGCUUACAAAUUUUCAAAUUUUGUAUAUGAGAUGGUGAGCAUCCGUAUUCGUGAAGAUCUUAAACAGAAAAUAAUAAAUGAGUUUUGGUUAUAUUUCCUAUCUGAUAAUUUAGUAGAAUGCACUUUUCUGAAAGACCAAGAACAAAUGCCUGAAGAUUAUAGUGGUUUUGAAAAAUUUAAAACUGUUAUAUGUGAACUUUAUGAUACAGUACAAUCUUAUACUGAAAUUGUUAACCGUCUACAACUAUUAUUUGAUACAUCUAGAACAAAUUUGAAAAAGAACUUUUAUGUUCAAACCUGUGCAAUUCUUCAUUCUACUCUCCCAGAUGAUUAUAAUGCUAUAAUUUAUCAAUUUUAUCGAGUGGCAUUGCGUGUUUUUACAAAAGAUGAAAUUGGAGAAAAAAAGAACACAUCAAGAGAAGGAGCUUUUCGUUGCAAUGGUUGUGCUUUUGAGACUUUAGAAUGUCGAUGUGAUUAUAUUCUUGAAUCGUUCAAUUUAACCAAUUGGCAGUUGAUUGAAAUAGGAAUAUUAGAACCACUUGCUGGUGAUGUCAUAAUUGAUCUAAUUCGUCAAAAAAUUGAGACUGAAGUGCAAGAUAUAACAAAAGAAAAUUUUGGAGAACAUCAAAUAUCAAUAUUAGAAAAAUGGAUAGAUACUGUUGUGUAUGACUGGAUGAAACAUAUAUAUAAACCCAAAUGUAGCACAGUAGAAAUUUUAAAAGAGACAAGUUUAGAAAUGUUCAUGAGAAAAUUAAAACAUUUACUUUAUGAGUCAUAUACUAAAACCAGAAUCGAACAACUUUUUAAUAUUAUCAUUGAAUAUCCAGAUUCAGAACCAGCUGUUAUCGACUUAUCAGCCACACUUCAAAAAACUGAUUUAAAGUCAGUGUUAUGUGAAAAAUUACAGAGUGCAUUACAUAAUCGGCUACUACAUCCAGCUGUAAACACCAUUGAUAUUUUAACUGCUUAUACAUCGGCAAUUAAAGUCUUAAGAAAAAUUGAUCCUAGUGGUGCACUCUUACAGGAAGUUACUCAACCCAUUAGAGUAUAUUUGCGAAGCCGUGAAGAUACAGUGCGUUGUGUGAUGACUACAUUAACUGAAGAGGGUCAUUACUUGACUGAUGAAUUGGUAAGAAGUGAAAAUACACUUGAUGAUGAUGAUGGUUAUGAAGAAGAAAAUAUGACUGAUUGGGCUAACUGGAUGCCAGAUCCAGUAGAUGCAAAUCCUUCUCAAUGGUCCAAAAGAUUCAGAAAUUCUGAUAUUGUUUCAAUGCUUGUUGAUAUUUAUGGCACACGAGAAUUAUUUGUUAAUGAAUAUCGAACACUUCUUGCUGACCGUUUACUUACUCAAUUUAUGGAAAAUAUUGAUAAAGAAAUUAGAUAUUUAGAACUAUUAAAGCUAAGAUUUGGAGAAUCAUUGUUACAUUCAUGUUCAGUCAUGCUCAAAGAUGUUUAUGAUUCUAAACGAAUAAAUCAUCAUUUAUACUCUGAUCCAUCAUCUAACUUAUCAACUAGCAACAUAAAAAUUGAUCAAGAAUUUCCUGUUACAGCAAUAAUUGUAUCAGCUCAGUUUUGGCCAACUUUUAAAGAUGAUUUAAAUCUAGAACUACCAUCAGUUAUUCAAAAACAUAUGGAUAAUUAUACAAAAGCAUUUGAAGCAUUUAAAGGUAAUCGCACUCUGAAUUGGAAACCUCAUCUUGGCAUAAUAAAUAUUGAUAUUGAAAUUAAUGAUAGGAAAUUCAAUCUUUCUGUUUCACCUAUUCAUGCAACCAUAUUAUGGCAUUUCCAAGACAAAGAGGAAUGGACCAUAGAUGAAUUAAGUAUGAAAAUGCGUGUUCCUGCAACAACAUUAAGACGUCGUAUUGGAUUUUGGCAAAACCAGGGUUUGUUAAGAGAAAAGUCUUUUGAUACAUUUAUUCUUGUGGAAGAUGGAAUUCCUACCACAAGUUUAUCAACUAAAGGUAACAGGGGAAGUAUAGGAGCUCGUGGUUCUGAAUUUGCAUGUUGUGACGAUGAUGAGAUGGAAAGUGCUAUGGCUUCUGCACAAGAUCAAAGAGAAGAAGAGUUACAAGUAUUUUGGUCAUAUAUUGUUGGUAUGCUUACAAAUUUGGAUUCAUUACCACUUGAUAGAAUACACCAAAUGUUAAAAAUGUUUGCUACUCAAGGAACAGGUGUAGACUGUAGUUUAACUCAACUUCGAAUUUUCCUUGAUGAUAAAGUUAAAGACCACAAACUAAUAUUUACGGGUGGUCGGUAUAAGCUGGCCAAAUAGAAUGAAAAUGUUACUUUCUUUUUACUUUAUUAUAUUUAUGUGAUAUUUUUUACAUUUUUGUAAAUAAACAUUACAUUAAUGAAACUCAAUAAAGCAAUGAAAAUAUUUAGUUUCUGUUAA